UGGUGUGCGCUCCUCGCUAUCAUAGCGUCGAAGCACGGCGUCGAAGUGUUUUCGGUGAAGCUAUGAUAGUGCGGCGGUGCCGCCGCUGAGCGUUCGUUCGUCAUUUGGACAGGACGUCAGACUUUCCAAAGAGGUGUUUCGCCCCAUCGUUUGCGCCGUUUCGGAAGAGGAGGAGGUGACGGUUACUGAAAAAGAAAACAGCAUGGUUUUCGCAAACGUCAGACCUGCAAAACUCAUCGGGCCAUCUUCGUGCGUGGCAUCCAUUGUAACGUCGACUGUAACCUCCAAACAGAUGCCAUCUUCGUGGACUUUGCAAAAGCGUUCGAUGAGGAGCAGGAGAUGUCCAGGAGUCGUCUCGGCCACCUGAAGCCGUGCUGCGCUUGGUGCGAGGACAAUCGCAAGGACUUGAGGCACGCCAUAACCGUCGGCCACGCGCGCAAGGAGUUUUGCUCCGAGAAUUGCUUGCACGAAUUCAAGCGUGUCUACCUCAAGGUGGCAUGCGCCCUUUGUGAGAUUGUAAUCCGUGGCGCCUCAGUGCACCUGGACGACCAUGGGCAGCUACGAGAGUUCUGCAGCACCGAGUGCCUAGACAAGUACCGCUUGAGAGACCCCACAGCCAUGGCCACUGCAGACCGGUCCAGCAAGCUCAAGCCUCACGGGACCAACCAGAUACAAUACCAGUACGAAAGCUCUGGCUACUUUGACUGGGACGAAUACCUGAAGGAGACCAACUCCCAACCUGCGCCAUCUACAUGCUUCAAACAGAACCCGGAGCCACCCAAGAAUGAGUUUCGUGCGGGCAUGAAGCUGGAGGCCCAGGACCCACGCAAUGUCACCUCUACAUGCAUCGCAACGGUAGUGGGCAUCCAGGGCCCUCGGCUGCGGCUGCGCCUAGACGGGGGUGACAACAAGAAUGACUUCUGGCGCUUGGUCGACUCCGAGGAGGUGAAGCCUAUAGGGCAUUGCGAGCGGAUCGGUGGAAUGCUGCAGCCCCCACUGGGCUUUCGCAUGAAUGCCUCUUCAUGGCCGAUGUUCUUGCUGAAGACCCUCAACAAGGCUGACAUCGCCUCGGAGUCUUACUUCAAGCCAGAACCAGCCAGCCCACGCAGCAAUGAAUUCAAGGUGGGCAUGAAGCUGGAAGCACUGGAUCGCAAGAACCCGCAUCUCAUAUGCCCUGCCACUGUCGGUGCAGUCAAGGAUGACAUGCUGUUUGUCACCUUUGACGGUUGGCGUGGUGCCUUUGACUACUGGUGCCGUUUUGACUCUCGGGAUAUCUUCCCUGUUGGGUGGUGCCGCCUUAGCGGACAUCCUCUCCAGCCACCUGGCAACAAGGGAGCCAAAUACAAGGCACGGCCAGGCAGUGCGGGCACCACGGUGGUUCCAGCCGUCGGCUCGCCCAGCAUUCCACCACCUCCCAGGGUGCCUUCACCUCGGAACUCUACCCCAUCAGGCAACCCUGUGGCACCUGUUUCACCGGCAACCACAGUGACACGUGCUCGGACUGCCCAGUCUACAGGGUCCACCUUAAACAGCAGCAGCACAGCCUCUGAGACAACACGAGUCAAAUCGCCACACGUCCUGGUUACAGAGCCCGACACCAGCACGGUGGCUGCCAAGCAGAAUCCUACAGUGUGUGUGUACGUGAACCACCAGUGCUCUUGUGGGCCAUACCUGGAUCCAGCCAAGAUUAGCCAGCUGCCCCUCCAGCUGGGGCCUGGUUCCAUGAACAGGGUGCUGCGUGAGGCUGUGCAGGCAUGUGUGGACUGUGCCCUCAAUGAGAAAAAUGUAUACAAUCUGCUGCGUAAGGGCAACGGCAAAGUCAUCAUCAAUGCCACCUUUGAUGGCCAAUCACAUACAUGCCACCUGCCGACUGUGGAUAAAGUGUCAGCCUUCUGGACCUACCUGGAGAACCUCUUCGAGGAACUGCUCUGCUGUGAGAACUUUUACUCCAGCCAGCCACUGCAGGGUGGAUGCACCAAGUGCGCAAGCAAGGCCCCUACCAAGCCACGAGCAAUGGAGCAGUCUUCGGUGGAUGGGUCCCCAACAGUGCCAGCUAGCACUACGCCGGCUCCCGUGGCACCCUCAAAGCGCCCUCCAUCUACAGAGCUCUCACCACAGGCGGGCACGCCAGCUAAGAUAGCCUGCGUCCGCAGCGCCGACUCUGAAGCCAGUUCAACAACAAGCCAUCACUCAGAAAAAUCGCAGAGGUCUGUAGUAGUCACCACGAUGACAAGCCCCCCUGCCAUUAAGCCCGGUCCGCCGCCAUCGUCCCCUCCAUCAGAGUGGAGCAUUGAAGAUGUGAUCCGUUACAUAUCAAACCUGGAUGCAGCUCUGGCCACACACUCGGACCUUUUCCGCAGACAUGAGAUUGAUGGCCGAGCAUUGCUUCUCCUGAACAGCGACAUGAUGAUGAAGUACAUGGGCCUCAAACUUGGUCCUGCUCUAAAGAUCUGCAACAUCAUUGACAAAAUCAAGGGCAAGAAAGCCCUGUGACAAGGCUUGCUGGAUGCCAUCAGCUCGACUCUUCCUUUCGUUAGUGGCCGAGGUCGGUUUCCUGUGCGAGUGAGCCAUGAACUGUCCCUCCCCUUCUUCUCGUGUUCCUUCUUUGCAGUAGGAUUUUUUGUGGUGUGUGGUCUUUCGUGGAGUGCUCACUCAUUGGGCACCAGGUUGGCUUCCUAUCAAAAGUUCCAGACUCCAGUGUGUUUGUGUGUUGUGGACUCUCCUUCUGUCUGAACUGACCUCUGCUACACAGUGGUGCAACUCGGGUGACGAAAGCAGAGCAGUUUUUUUCUCUUUCCCUGUGGUUAUACUUUGUGGACAGAGCGACCGGUGUACUGCAACUGCAGCAUCAGACAUUGCGGCCAGCUGAACCUGUUUUCAUCAUUUUAAUUUAAGGAAGCAGCUGUUGCCAUUGUUAUACCUUGUUUGUGUGUUUGGUGUGUGUGAUGCAUACGCAAGUUUUGAAGUGGCAUUUACGAAACAUGGAGGAGGGGUCUUUUUUUUGUUUGUUUUCAUCUAGCAUUAUGGAGCAAGGAUCGUAUCAUCUAUUUAUAAUUGUUUUGCGAAACCUUUUUGUAUAUCUGAUUCAUGUUGUGCACAUAGUGACCCACCAUCCUGCUUUCUAGAUUGCAGUGAAUGCGAAUGACGGCAGUGCUGAAAGUGUUGUUGCACCAGACGCCAUAAUAGGUGUGACUGGUUAUUGGCCGGUUCAUUUGCCUGUCACCAUUUCCUUCAGGUUUGACUGAAAUGGCAUGACACAUCUUGUCCGCUUAAAGGAAUCCCGGUUAAAAAAAUCAUCAAUCACACAAUCAGAGUAAUUUUAUGUCACUUUUGUUCAAUUUAAUGUUGCUGAAUCAUUUAGAGUGGGACAAUAAACAAGUACCAAGGACCAGUUUCAGCAUCCUUUUACAUAUUGCAGCAGCAAACACAUUUACAUGCUGAAUAGAGCUACAGUAAACCUUGUCAUAAUGUCUCUUUAGUGUCCCAUUCUUUUUUGUGUUUGUGUUUUCGACCAACUAGCCUAUUUAUCCAUCUUGACAAGGGUAACGCCUUGAGUAUUGAAGCGAGACAGGUACUGGGGUUCACUGAAGCACCUUAAAUACUACGCUGAUAGCCAGUACAGGCAUUGCGGCUACUGCAUGUUUUAACUUGUCCGAGAACAACAGCAUGUACACAUGCAAACUAAACAAAAGCACAGCCCUCGUUCACUUUUAGCAAGCGCCCCAUGGUGUGGUCGUUUGCCUUUGAGAAUUGUUACUGAAGACGAAUAUGAGUACCCCAAGAUGUUGGUCAGUAUAAAAGUAAACGCUUUUGCUGUAGUAGUAGCAUUUGUGGCAAGCAUGUUUUUGUGAUUUCAUUUUCAUUGGUGUUGUUUAAUUUUUGUUUACUUCACGGGUUGGGCUAAUGUAACCAUUUACUUUUUUCGACACAUGUACAUGAUCUCAAGUUUUGUGUUUCAAUGCCUAAGCAGCCAGCCAAGGAAGUCUGCCUUGAUGCACGUUGCUAGUAGGUUUUUUGUGAUGUGUAGGUCUGGCUACAGCUUUGGGUUGGGUGCUGACGCUUAGAAUUAUCGGCAUAUUAAUUGAACAGAUUUCAAUAACUUUGGGCAUGUGACAGAUGGGCCUUCAUUAGUGCACAUUAACAUGAAUUCUAGACGUUCGGUCUGCUAGAAAAUGAUAGCCAUGCUGAAACUGCUCAGCCAAUGUCUGCAUUCUUUGGUUGUACUUAUGGGCACCUCGAGGCCAAUGAUCGCAGUCUGUGCCACAGUCCACCACAGGAAAUAUGUUGUGGUUCCUGCAGUCGCUCCAUGAGAUGGUAUGUAUAUGGUCGUUGGCCAUUGUCCAUGUGCAUACUGUAGUUGUGAAGUCCAACCAGUUAUCCAGGUUCUUAGUUUAUGCUAUAGGGUCAAAAUUUUUCUAUUGCAAGUGUGUUUUCCUAAUGCCACAUAAAUGCGAGAAUGUUGCAUUUCUUCAUUUUGCUUUAAAGUAUAUGUUCAAUGAACGCAUCCUUUCAGCUUAAUGUUUUUAGACAUCUAAAAUGCAUUCCUUGAAUACAGACUAGCUCAGCUUACUGUGAAAUUCUCUGAUUUACAUGAACAUCUUGGCAAAUUUCUUUGGCUAGCACAUGCUUUUUCACUAUCUAACAGCCAUAUUUCCAGUGCUUGUCGUUGACUCAGUGUUUUAGAGUUCAAAACUAGUAGCUAAACUUGCGAUGUUCUGAUGAUAGCAUUGUUCAGUACAUCAUGCCCCAAACUCAACAUUGUGCAACCAUCUACGUGGCUCCAGUUCCUGAUUUGGUAAUUAACAUUUUAUGUGUACCAAUACUGCUAAUUUCUUACAUAUAAGUAAGCAUACAUUCAUGCAGCGUAUGCAGAGUAUGCAAUGUUUGUUCCUACCGUCAAUACUGGAUCAUGGUGAGUGAGCGUAAAUGUGGUGGUGACCGACACUGUGGUCAUUUGAUGGAGAUGCAACUCGAAUUUUCAAAAUUACACAUUUUUUUUGUUUUCAACUUCUUUCACAAGUUUCUCUACUUUCAUGAUGAAGAAAAAUCAAGGUUGUAGUUUAACUUGUAGAAGACAAAUCGCCUUUAUGGAGCUCAAGGUGGCAAUAAAAACCUUAAGAUAGCUCA